AUGUCGACACACCUCGCGCAGAUCCAGGCCUUCUGGGAUAGUUCGAAGCGAACAACCACACAAAUGGAUGUUGCUAUGACUGUGGGUGGAGAGUUAGACUCACUUGAAACACCCCACGUUGUUGCAGUGGCAAGGCAUUUGGUUCAUACUGUUCUCGGUCAAGCCGAUGUGAUUUUAAAACGCGUGGAAGACAGUAUUGCAGUACUAGACUAA